AUGGCCCCAGUAAAAAUGGACAACAAACCAACUCUUUGUGCAUGUAAAACAGAUAGCUAUGAUGCAUCAAAGACGAUAGCGGCUACCUAUCCAACCAAAGAUUUAUGGAUAUUUUCAAUACCAUUGCACCUGCGAUACAAUCCCGACAAGCCAUUUGGUUUCAGCUAUGUAAAAACAUUAUUAUAUUCCGUGACUACAACACUCAUUGUGGCCAACCUGUAUUACUGUCAACCGUUAUUGAUCCAGAUGUCACAGUCAUUUGAAGCAUCCUACGAGGAGGUGUCUAGAAUACCAACGUGUGUCCAGGCAGGCUAUGCCGUCGGCCUUUUUCUCAUUUGUCCUCUUGGAGAUAGUGUCCGCCGCCGGCAGCUGGUGUUGGGACUCAUAUUGUGCACAACACUGCUUUCUAUCGGACUUGCAGUGACAAGAGAUGUAAUCGUCUUUGAGGUCCUGUCCUUCUUCGUCGGACUGGCGAAUGUUGCACCACAGAUCUUAAUCCCACUUGUUGCUGAAAUUGCCCCGCAGGAAAUUCGGGCAUUUGCAUUCUCGCUUACCCUCACUGGAUUGAUGUUUGGCAUUCUCCUUGCAAGGGUAGUGGCGGGACUGGUGGCUGAGUUCUUUCCGUGGCGUGUUGUAUACUACGCUGCGAUAAUCAUCCAGGCUCUCGUUCUGACAGGGCUAUACUUCACGCUUCCGGAUUACCCUGCAAAAGGAGCUGAUCCCCCUUCGUGGCGAUUACACUGGUCCACUCUCGUACUGGCAGUCACUGAGCCUAUUGCAGUACAGGUCAUACUCAUCAACAUAGGAGCGAGUGCAUGCUUUUCUUAUUACUGGGUUACAUUGACGUUCCUCCUCGGUGGACCACCGUAUAACUAUUCUACAGUUGUGAUAGGUCUUUUUGGAUUGCUUGGAAUGGCAGGGGUAGCUGCUGGACCUAUCAGCGGGCGCCUCGUCGAUCAUAUCCGCCCAUGGCACUCACUUCUUCUUUCAAUAACCCUUCUACUGGUAUUUCAGGCAGUGCAGGUUGUAGCCGGAGGUAUCCAUAUAUCAGCUGUGAUAGUAUCCUGCUUUGGUUUGGAUUUUGUGCAGCAGAUACAGACAGUUGCAUUGGCGACCUACAUCUUUAGUAUAUCUAUAGCAGCAAUUUCACGCUUGAAUGCCCUAUAUAUGAUCUCGUUCUAUGUGGGGCAGAUUAUUGGGUCAUCCGUUGGAACUGCUAUCUUCAUUAGAUACGGAUGGAGAGCAUCAGCGCUGUUUGGCCUCGGACUCUACGGCUUCCAGCUAUGCGUGGUUCAAAAUGAGGAAUAA